AUGUGGUCGACAGCGCGCACAAUCGCUGCAGGGGACCUCGUCAUCGUCUGGCUGACCCGCGAUCUCGUGCAGCCGCUGUACGUCGCGCCCGGGAAAGACUUCAACAGCAAGUACGGGUCGUACCGCCACGCGGACCUCGUCGGGCUGCCCUACGGCAGCAAGGUGCGCGCGCGCGGCGGGCGCGGGUUCAUCCACGUCCUGCGCCCGACGCCCGAGCUCUGGACGCUGGCGCUCCCGCACCGCACCCAGAUCCUCUACCUCGCCGAUAUCGCCUUCAUCACCUCGUGGCUCGACAUAAGGAGCGGGAGCAGGGUCAUCGAAGCAGGUACCGGCUCGGGCUCGUUCACCCAUUCCACCGCGCGCACGAUAGGACCCACAGGCCAUCUAUGGUCUUAUGAGUUCCACGAGGCGCGGUUCGCCAAAGCGAGGGACGAGUUCGCGCGCCACGGCAUCGCGGACAGGGUCACGCUGACGCAUCGGAACGUCUGCAAGGAGGGAUUCACGGUGGAAGACACGGUCGAUGCUGUGUUCCUCGACCUGCCUGCGCCGUGGGACGCGGUCGAGCACGCGAAGAAGGCGCUGAGGAAAGACCGCGUGACGCGGAUAUGCUGCUUCAGCCCGUGCAUGGAGCAGGUGCUCCGGACGGUCAGCGCGCUCAACGAAGCGGGGUUCACCGAUAUUACGAUGUACGAGACCCUCAUCCGCCCGCAGGACGUGUCCGUCGUGCCGAAGUUGAAGCCGAUAAGCGAGGUGAGCGCGCGGUUGAAGGAGGCGGAGAGGAGGCGGGAGGAGAAGAGGCAGCGGCAGAUUAGAGAGGCGCAGAGGAGGAAGCGGAAGCGGGCGGAAGAAGAAGGAGAGGGCGAGGGGGCCAUUCAGAAAGAGGAGAGUGAAGGGGUUGAGGUGAAGAAGGUGAAGACGGAUGGGGAGGGUGGGGAGAAGGGUGAUGUUGUGGAGGAGAACGAUGGGCAGGCCGUGGAGGGGAAGGACGCUGCGUUGGAUGUGCGGCCAGCGCAAGAUGCGACCGCGUCUACGUCCGCGGUUGUCCCCUCAAAGACCGAACCGCAACCCGACGCUGAGGAAGCUGGACAGGAAGAAGAGACGAUCGUGGUCUCGAAGACGUUCCCCGAGGUCCGGGGGCAUACGUCCUACCUGACGUUUGCGUGCUUGCUGCCCGCGGCGCUGGUCACUCGCGCGAGCGAGCCUCCUCCCAGUAAAGGGACCGGGGAUGUGGAGAUGGCUGUAGUGGCGGAAUGAGGGACGAUGAAACGAAGUAGAUCUUUUCUAUGUAUGCACAAUGCAGUGAUUAUAUUUGUAGGGUAGAUGCUCGAACGACGUUACUGAU